UGCCAGUCGGUUAGUAACAGUCUAUCUUGGGUAUUCGCACAGUGAAGAGUGACUAUCACUCCUUUUUUUACCAAAAUGAGGCUGAACUCGAUCGUUCCUAAUUUUCAGGCUGAGACCACACAGGGUCCCAUUAACUUUUAUGAGUGGCAGGGAGAAUCGUGGGUAGUUAUAUUUUCACACCCAGCAGACUUUACACCGGUCUGCACUACUGAGCUUGGUCGCAUUGCUGUCCAUCAGCCCGAGUUUCAAAAGAGGAAUGUUAAACUUCUGGCACAUUCGGUGGACAAGCUCAAGGACCAUGUCGAUUGGGUCAAUGACAUCAAGAACUACUGCCAAGACAUCCCCGGGGCCUUCCCAUACCCCAUCGUCGCGGAUGAUGACCGUACACUGGCGGUCAAGCUCGAUAUGAUCGAUGAACAGUCUAAGGACGAUCCUGAACACGCUAUUACCGUUCGGGCACUUUACGUAGUCAGCCCUGACCAUCGCCUUCGUCUCAGUAUGCAAUACCCAACGUCGACUGGACGUAAUGUCGAUGAAAUUUUGCGUGUAAUUGACUCUCUCCAACUCGUCGACCGCAAGCCCCAGAUCGCUACCCCAGCCAACUGGGUGCCUGGAGAUAAAGUUAUGAUUCUGCCAACUGUUAAGGACGAGGAUCUUGCCACCCUUUUCCCGGGUGGUGUUGAUAAGGUCGCCAUGCCAUCAGGGAAAGUCUACGUUCGCACAACGACUGACUAUUAAUAAUGAAUCCCGAAACCCCUGUUAUCAUCAUAUCAUAAGCAUACACAUAUGUCAGGGCUUCAAUGAGGAUAUCGGGAUCAAAUAUUUAUCACUCUCACCAGAUAACUCCGGAGAAACUAAUCAACAGUUAUCUUGCACGUUUGCACUUCAAAAUUAUCAUCAACUUAUUCUAAUUUGAUAAGAAAUUCAGAAAUAAAUUGAAUAAACAAAAA